UUCCAGGCUCCUUGUCUUCUCUCCUCCACCUGAGGAACAGACAGAGGCAGCCUCUCCCCGCCUCCAUGGCCGGCAACCUCCCCGACCCCAGCAUGCCCGGCUCUUCUGCAGUACUCAUGCCUAUGGAGAGGCAGAUGUCUAUGGGCUCCAGUAUGAUGGCCAUGCAAGGCCCCGCCCACGGUGCUUGCUCCUCCCCCCUUGGCCCCUCCAUGCACUCUGAAGCAAAACUGAGACUGAAGGCUGCUCUGGCCCACCACCCAGGAACCAUCUCCAACGGCAACAUGAACUCUAUGGGUCACAUGAUGGACAUGAUGUCAUCACGGCAGGAGCAGGGUGGGGGGGGGCACCCUCACAUGCACCCCCACCAGCAGCACCUCCAAGCCCCGCCCCACGCCUACCAACACCCCUCCCACCACCACCACGGACACGCCCACCACCAGCAGCAGAGCCACGCCCACCAAAACUCCCACCCCUCCCACAUGCACCCCCACAGCCACCAGACGUCCCCCCACCACAUGCACUCUCAGUUGUCUCCAGCUGCUCAGCAGAUGCAGCCGUCUCAGACCAUGCAGACAACGCCCCCCAGUGGCGGGCGGCGGCGGCGCGUGGUGGACGAGGACCCCGAUGAGCGGCGGCGGAAGUUUCUGGAACGGAACCGAGCCGCCGCCACACGCUGCCGCCAGAAGAGGAAGGUGUGGGUCGUCUCACUGGAGAAGAAGGCAGAGGAGCUCACACAGACUAACAUGCAACUACAGAAUGAGGUGACAAUGCUGAAGAAUGAAGUCACCCAGCUGAAGCAGCUCCUGCUCACACAUAAAGACUGCCCCAUCACCGCUAUGCAAAAGGAUACGCAAGGCUACCUCAGUCCUGAGAGUAGUCCAGCAGGAAGUCCUUCAGGAGGCCCCCAGCAGCAGGUCAUCCAACACAGCAGUGUCAGCACCUCCAGUGCACACACACACUGAACACACAGACACACACACACACACACACACACACACUGCCCCAGGGACAGCCAGCACUUCCCCUCCCCACGCGAGAGACACACACAAACACACACACACACACCCACACACACACACACACACACACACACACACACUGUGGUGUGUGUCUUUGGGGUUCAUCUAUUUUUGUAGAACUCUUAAAGCCGUUUCCUUUUUGUUUGUUGAUAUGUGUGUUUGUGUGUGUGUGUGUGUUUGUGUGGCUCACUGUAGCUCUAAGGAAUGCUUGUGUUUGUAAUACUGUAAUACGGUGUGUGUGUGUGUGUGUGUGUGUGUAUGUGGGUGUUAAAGCUGCCACACUGCUGGACAUCUGACCCAGUGUGUGUGUACGGAGCAGGGGAGACACAGACUCUGACCUGACCCUAAGGGUGACCCUUGACCUU